AGAGUGUGAGAGAGAGAGAGAGAGUGAGUUCUGGUUCAGCUCAUCCACACAAGUAUUUGAAGGUGGUCGAGGACACAGCGGUGAAAUCAUGUUUGGUGUAUUUGUACCUGUGCUGUUGCUGCUGCUCCCAGUGACGUCUGGCUCCUCCCCCUCCAGACCGCCGUCCAGACACUGCCGCAGAUGCUGUGAUCACCUGGACAUGCCCAUAAACCCCGCCUCCCCACCAGCAGCCUAUCAGACUCCUGAGAUCCACACUGUUAUUAACAUGACCAUACUGAAAGGUGACAAAGGAGACCGUGGUGACCGAGGAACUCCUGGGAAAGCCGGAGUUGACGGUCCCCCAGGAUUCAGAGGGGUGACGGGGCCCAAAGGCAGUAAAGGGGAAAGCGGCGCCCCUGGAGACCCCUGCAAAGUCCAGCAGUCGUUGUUCUCCGUGGGUCGACGCAAAGCUCUCCACAGCGCCGAUUAUUACCAAGCGCUGGUCUUCGACACGGUCUUUGUAAAUCCGGGCGAACACUUCAACAUGUUUAAAGGGAAAUUCUACUGUUUUGUAGCUGGAGUUUAUUUCUUUAACGUCAACAUUCACACCUGGAACUUUAAGGAAACGUACCUGCACCUGAUGCACAAUGACCGCGCGCAGGUGAUCCUGUACGCGCAACCCAGCGACCGCUCCAUUAUGCAGAGUCAGAGCGUCAUGCUGCCAUUAGAACUCAACGACGAGGUGUGGGUGCGACUCUACAAACGCGAGCGGGACAACGCCAUUUACAGCGACAAUGUGGACAUUUACAUCACCUUCAAUGGACACCUGGUGGCACCUAAAGUGUAGAAGGACAAACCACAGUCUUGAACAACAGCCUGUGAAGAUUUGUGGAUCACACGUAAUUGUAAUCAUUUAGUUUUUGGUUUGAAAACUCUGCUGGUGCUCGUAACACGUAACACGAAAUGCUCAGAUUGUCCUUGAAAGGUUGUUUAAAGACAUUUGACAGUGUUUUAUUUGAGCUGCUGAGCAGCCUGUAGAUGUCCCUUUAUCAUCUUCUAGAACUUCCUGCUGUCGGUGUUGGACAGUUUUUGUUCUUUGAUAUGAGCUCUAUAAUUUAGGUUUCAUAAUUUAGAUUAGGCAUCGCUAAAUCACAUUCAGUUGAUCCCCAGAUAGCACACGUACAUCUCCGAGAUGUCUGUUUAAGAACGUUUCAUCUGGAAAGCAUCACAUUUUAAUGAACAUCUGCUAAACAUCUUAAAAACAUCCGUUUUACAUCCAUCCAUCUUCAACCGCUUAUCCGAAGUCGGGUCGCGGGGGCAGCUGCUCCAGCAGGGGGCCCCAAACCUCCCUAUCCCGAGCCACAUUAACCAGCUCUGACUGGGGGACCCCGAGACGUUCCCAGGCCAGUGUGAUGUAAUCUCUCCACCUAAUCCUGGGUCUUCCCCGAGGCCUCCUUCCAGCUGGACAUGCCUGAAACACCUCCCUAGGGAGGCGCCCAUGGGGCAUCCUUACCAGAUGCCCAAACCACCUCAACUGACUCCUUUCGACGCAAAGGAGCAGCGGCUCUACUCCGAGCUCCUCACGGAUGACUGAGCUCCUCACCCUAUCUCUAAGGGAGAAGCCCGCCACCCUUCUGAGGAAGCCCAUUUCGGCCGCUUGUACUCGUGACCUAGUUCUUUCGGUCAUGACCCAGCCUUCAUGACCAUAGGUGAGGGUAGGAACGAAAAUUGACCGGUAGAUUGAGAGCUUUGCCUUCCGGCUCAGCUCUCUUUUCGUGACAACGGUGCGAUAGAGCGAGUGCAAUACCGCCCCCGCUGCCCCGAUUCUCCGGCCAACCUCCCGCUCCAUUGUCCCCUCACUCGUGAACAAGACCCCGAGGUACUUGAACUCCUUCACUUGGGGCAAUACCUCCUUCCCUACUUACCAGAUGAUCAAAUCAGCUCAAUUGGCUCCUUUCAAUGCAAAGAAGCAAGGGCUCUACUCCUCACCCUAUCUCUAAGGGAGAAGCCCGCCACCCUUCUGAGGAAACCCAUUUCGGCCGCUCGUACUCGCGAUCUUGUUCUUUCGCUCAUCAGAUUUACAAACAUUCUCAUAAACGCCUCAGAGACUUCUGCUGAAUGUCUGAUUGACAUCUGAGAGGAAGCGUGUAAUAGAUGUAUUGCAGAUGAGCAAACAACGAUAGAAAUACAUCUUCCAGAUGUAAACACACAUCACAGAGACGUCUGACUGAUGAACGUGUGCUGUCAGGGUAACGUAUGGUCAAUGCUAAUGCUAAUCGCGGGCAGCUGCGUACACAAUAUAAAGGGGAAAAAUGACUAACUUCUACACUCAUGUCAGACCAUUUUAAUUGACUUCUUGAACUGUUUGAUCACACAAGAGCGUCAUAUGACAGUAAAAAUGUGCAAUGAACAAUAGCGACGCCAGUGUUUGCUAAAUCAAAGUUUUACGAGGUGAAUCCAAACCGAUUUCGUUCAUGUUCCACAUAGAUAUUACCAGCAUUUACGAGCGAGUCUGGUGACUUCAUUACAUGCCGUUUUCACACACGCCCCCUAUUUACAAAUGUUUGUCAUUCACUAACAUACACAGAUUUGACAAAAAAAAAUCAAUUUUACACGCAAAUGAAUCUGAUAUUUACACAUUCAUUUACGACACACAUACACAUAUAUUUACGAAGGUUUGAUGAAUGAGGCUCAUUAAAACAGCACGCGAGUGAAUUUAAAGCACAGUAAAGAUGAAUAAACUGAAUGUUGUCA